AUGGCUAACUGCUUUAGUGUUAUGCUGUUCAACUUUAUCUUGCUGUCAGGCUGUUUUCUCCCCUUUCUUGAGAAGACUGCUGCUUUUGCAGCCGGUUUAUCGCUCUCUUUCUCUUUGUUGUCUCUCGUAUCAACCCCUCGGGCGUCCGCAACGCCGCCUCCUCGCCGCACCGCCGUCACCGCCGCUGGUCCUGUCUUUGGGUCUGUUGCUGGUUCGGUUGCUGUUGCUGCUACCACCGCCGCCGCCGCCACCACUGCUGCUGUUGCCACCACCGCCGCUGUCGCUGUUGUUGUGCCGGCCCCUCCCGCGCCUAUCGCCGCGCCUGUUGUUCUUCCGGCGGGUGCUCCCGGGGCGGUCUGGCCUCCUAUUGUCCCUGUGCGCCUCUUGCUAUUCGCCAUCGUGGAGAAGACGUUGUCCUGA